AUGUCCAGCUCCAAUACUCCCACAUCGCAGUCAUCCAACAACUACGUUGAACAGACCGUCUCGUUAUUGAGCUCGGUCGCCAGCUACAUGCGUCUGCCCGCGCUGGCUUCAACGGGUCUCGCCGCCGUCCUCACUUCAUUACUAUACUUUAAACAAAAGGCUCUCAUUUACCCGAGCAAUAUUCCUGCAAAUUCUCGCUCCGACGUUCCAAAACCUUCAGACUUUGGUCUUUCAAACUUUGAAGAACUCUACAUCCCAACCGACGAUGGCGAGAAGCUUUCAGCUUUCUACAUCCGUGGCCCACGUGGCCACAAAAACUCGAACAUCACUAUAUUGAUGUUCCAUGGUAAUGCUGGUAACAUUGGCCAUCGGUUACCCAUCGCUCGGAUGAUCAUAAAUUACAUUGGUUGCAAUGUGUUUAUGCUUGAGUAUAGAGGCUACGGCUCCUCGACGGGUCAGCCCGACGAGUCAGGUCUCAAUAUAGACGCCCAGACUGGGCUCAACUACCUACGGCAGCGGGCCGAGACGCGCGACCACAAGCUCAUGGUAUACGGUCAAAGUCUGGGUGGUGCCGUCGCUAUCAAGCUUGUGUCCAAGAACCAAGAAAAGGGUGAUAUCGCUGGUCUGAUCCUAGAGAACACCUUUCUCUCCAUCCGGAAGCUUAUCCCUUCUGUUGUGCCGCCCGCCAAAUAUCUUACCCUGCUAUGCCACCAAGUAUGGCCAAGUGAGUCGGUUCUUCCUAACAUCACAAAAAUCCCGACUUUAUUUAUCAGCGGGCUACAAGACGAAAUUGUUCCACCAAAACAUAUGAAACAGUUGUACGACAUCUCGGCCGCUCCCACCAAGCGGUGGAAGCCCCUCCCCGGUGGCGACCACAACUCAAGUGUCUUGGAAGAAGGCUACUUUGAGGCCAUGUCAGAUUUCAUCGCUGAGGUGACGGGUGAUGACAUGCACAAGACACGCUCGUAG